CGGCGCGCUGCGGGCGGAGCGCACUGUGGAGAGGCUGUGGAGCGCCGGGCCUGGCGGGCGCGAGGAGCGGCGGCUGAGAAAUCAUCAUUCUUUCAUCGACAGAGUUUGCUUUAAAAAAAAAUUUUUUUUUAAGUAAUCUCUACACCCAGUGUGGAGUUGGAACUCACAACCCGGAGACCGAGAGUCGUGUGUUCUACCCACGGAGCCAGCCAGACGCCCCAGGGUGUUGCCCUUCAAAAGUGGGAGGAGGGCUCCGAGCCCAGGAAGGGGGAUUCCAAGAUCUGGACCCGAGAUAAAAGAAUGGCAAAUUCCUUUGCAUCAAAGACCUUCACCGCACUUUCAGAUCUGCAUCCAAAUUUGGCUAAUCUGAAAAUAAUUGGUAUAGUUAUUGGGAAAACAGAUGUCAAAGGCUUUCCAGACAGAAAAAAUAUUGGAUCAGAGAGGUACACUUUCAGUUUUACCAUUCGGGACUCACCAACCCAUUUUGUAAAUGCAACGUCCUGGGGCAGCGAAGGUUACAUCAGGUCGCUUUCUGACAGCUUUAGGGUUGGCGAGUGCGUGAUAAUUGAAAAUCCCCUGAUUCAAAGAAAGGAAUUAGAAAGAGAAGAAAAAUUCAGCCCUGCAACUCCUGGCAACUAUAAACUAUUGCUCAGUGAGAAUCACUCCACGGUAAAAAUUUGUUCCAGUUACCAAGUGGACACCAAGCUCCUUGCUUUGAUAUACUUACCUGUUAAAGAGUCUCGUGAUUUUUAUUCAUUGGGUGACAUUGUUGCAAAUGGAUGCAGUCUGGAUGGGAGGAUUAUUAACGUGCUUGCGGCGGUGAGGUCGGUUGGAGAGCCAAAAUACUUUACAACUUCAGACCGGAGAAAAGGCCAGAGGUGUGAGGUGAAGCUCUAUGAUGAGACAGAGUCUUCUUUUGCAAUGAUAUGUUGGGAUAAUGAAUCUAUCCUGGUUGCACAGAGCUGGGUGCCACGAGACACAGUAAUAUUUGCCUCAGACGUAAAAAUAAGUUUUGACAAAUUUCGGAACUGCAUGACAGCAACUGUAAUCUCAAAAACCAUUAUUACGACUAAUCCAGAUACCCCAGAAGCUAACAUCCUAUUGAAUUUUAUAAGAGAAAAUAAAGAAACAAAUCCUCUGGAUGAUGAGAUUGACAGUUACUUGAAAGAAUCUGUAAAUUUAAAUACAAUAGUUGAUGUCUAUACAGUUGAGCAAUUAAAGGUAAAAGCUUCAAAGAACGAAGGGAAGGCUGACCCUUUCUACGGCAUUCUUUAUGCUUACAUUUCUACGCUGAACAUUGAUGAUGACAGCACAAUAGUAGUUCGACACCGAUGCUCCGGCUGUGGUUAUGUUGUAAAGGAAGCAUCCAGCACUUGUACUGCUUGCAACAAAGAUUCUUUGGAAUUUAAAUCUGUUUUUCUCAGCUUCCACUUGCUAAUUGACCUCACUGACCACACAGGUACCCUCCAUGCCUGCAGUCUUACAGGAGGGGUUGCUGAGGAGACUUUAGGCUGCACGGUAAAUGAGUUUCUUGCAAUGACGGAUGAACAGAAAACAGCACUGAAGUGGCAAUUUCUUCUGGAAAGAAGCAAAAUUUAUUUAAAAUUUUUUUUAUCACACAGAGCAAGGGGUGGAUUGAGAAUUAGUGUGCUCUCAUGUAAGCUCGCAGACCCUAUUGAGGCAAGUAGGAAUUUGUCUGGACAAGGAAAUAUUUAAAACAAGAUACUUUAAACCCUGGACAAGAAUAUGAGUUUCAACUCUCUUGAAAGUGGAAAAUGAGUUUGAAAAUUAUGGAUAAAAUUUUAUUUUCAAAGGUGGUAAAAAUGUUUCUAUAAAUUGUUAUUAUGUUUCCUUCUGGAGUUGGUUAGGGGGUAAGUCUUAAAAUCUCUCAUUCACCCCAGCUCCUUUCUUAGAUGGCUUUUUCUACUGACUUUGCCCUCUCUCCCCAAGUUGGGAAAUGUUUGCGUGAAUUAAUAAACAAAUUUAAUCUUCCCCACAGAUACCAAUGAUUUCUUUUCUUAAGCCCCUUUCCUCUUUGUCUUGUUUCCCUGGAGAAAGAUCAGAACCUCCAAAAAUGACCUCUCUGGAGCUUGGCGGUGGCUGAGACUGCUCUCCAGGAGCUGGUGGGUCACAGGUGAGGGCUUCUCGGUGGUGUAGGGUGGGAACAGCGGAAGCCUGCGGGCAGUGCUGGGCAGCAGCUUUGAACACUGAAGAGCUUCUCUGAUCCUUGCCCUCUCUGAUGACACAUGGGGCCACCCAGCCCUUGUGAAGGCUGGCUGACUCAGGGGUGAUAUGUGUGAGUCUGAAUCACCUGGGAGGAGACCAGCCUCAAAAGUUCUAGGAGUGGUGCCAGUCUGGGACCUGGAAGGGCAGGGCUGCUUGGACAGGACGCCGACCCCCAUACCACCCACUGCACUGGUCCUAGCCAAAGCCCCAGAGUGCCGUGCUCAGCCCCACACCAUUCCGAGUCACUUGCUGCAGGGUACAGGCCUACCAGCAUGGUCAGUGCUGGCCCAUAGUCUGGGAGGUUUGCCAUUUCCGGAACCCACCACAGGAGUGAAAAACAAAAAGUAAGUAUCUGAAACUCUUACAAAGCUGGUGUUGGGAGAUAAACUUGUCAGUCUCUGGCUUUUACAAUAGGCAGCCAUGGCCGAAGGGCAUGAGCGGACCCUAGUGUGUCCGAAUUGUGGUAAUAAACGAGGCAAUGGAGGCCUUGACCUAGUGUGUGGACAGGGAGUGUGCCUGAUAAAGAGCUUCCUUCCUCACUCCCCUGGGGCAGGGUAUGGGUGUGUUAAGCAAGGUGACUCCAGAAGGCAGACAGAGAAAGAAGGUGGGAGAGUGG